CGUUAUCCUCCAUGGGUCGGAAGCCCAUUACAAUGCCCCAUCCCCCAUAGUGACAAUCCCAGUAAGAGCCAUCCGAUAUAGGCAUAUAGGCCCUUGUGGAUCUGUAAUUUUCAAUUCUGAGUCCCAAAGUUAUUCAGGAUUGAGGAGUGCAUUUGCUUGGAACUAUUGUCCUGAGACGGGACUGACGGGGGCUUCUGCUCAAUCGGGGGGCUAGCGUAAUCAUUGAGGGGCUCACUUUUUAGGUUUUAUAUACUAUCAGCGGCAGCUGCUUAUCAUGGCAUCAAAUUUACAUAAGGAUCCUCCGACCACUUGCAGCGAGGAAGAAAAAUCUGGUUCACCAGAGAGCAAAUGUUCCAAAUCUGAAGCAUCUUCUGUUCAGCCACAAUCAGGACAAAGAACGACAGCUUCUGGGCCAGCAGCUGGAUUUCCUGCUAAUCCCUUCGAUUUUUCUGCAAUGACUGGCCUCCUUGAUGAUCCAAGCAUGAAGGAAUUAGCAGAGCAGAUAGCAAAAGAUCCUGCUUUCAACCAGAUGGCUGAGCAGCUGCAAAAGAGUGUUCAUGGUGCUGUAAAUGAUGGUGUAUCUGAGUUUGAUACACAACAUUAUUACUCUACCAUGCAACAGGUUAUGCAAAAUCCUCAAUUCAUGACCAUGGCUGAGAGACUUGGUAAUGCUCUGAUGCAGGAUCCAUCAAUGUCUACCAUGCUGGAGAAUUUGGGAAAUCCAUCACAUAGGGACCUUGAAGAACGAAUGGCACACAUCAAGGAAGAUCCAUCAUUGAAACCUAUUCUAGAUGAGAUUGAGAGUGGUGGUCCAGCUGCAAUGAUGAGGUAUUGGAAUGAUCCAGAGGUAUUACAAAAAUUAAGCUUAGCUAUGGGUCUUGCAGUUCCAGGUGACGCUGCCACUUCAGCUGAACUUUCUGGACCAGAUGAAGCAGAAGAAACUGGGAAUGAAGAUGAGUCAAGUGUUCAGCAUACUGCCAGUGUUGGUGAUGUAGAGGGCUUGAGAAAUGCUCUUGCUACUGGUGCUGACAAAGAUGAAGAAGAUUCUGAAGGAAGGACAGCUUUGCAUUUUGCAUGCGGAUAUGGUGAGGUGGAGUGUGCCCAGGUCCUUCUCGAGGCUGGAGCCAAGGUAGAUGCAUUGGACAAGAAUAAAAAUACUGCCCUUCAUUACGCUGCCGGUUAUGGUCGGAAGGAGUGUGUUGCUCUCCUAUUGGAGAAUGGGGCUGCUGUCACUCUUCAGAACUUGGAUGCGAAGACACCCUUGGACGUUGCAAAGCUGAACAACCAGCAGGAGGUACUAAAGCUGCUUGAGAAGGAUGCAUUCCUAUAACUUCAAACGGCAUGGAUGUAGUGUGAACAUUUCGCAUUGAUCGUCAGGAAGGUGUCGGUCAUCACUGCUGAAACGGUUUCCUUGCCCUUUUAUCAUCAGUUUGUUAGUUCUUUGAAGCAACGUCUUUGCGAGAAUUAAGUGUUGUGUGUGCCAUAUAACGUGCCUUUUGCAUGUUACCUUGAUUUAAAUAAUCACCUUAUGGUAGUGGCUGAGGAUGACCUAAUAACUAUUUCUUUAUACCUUUUUUUUUAUUCAAAAGAAGACUAAGUAGAUUUGGCUCGUC